CCCCACGCCAGGCAGCACUGCACACUACUGUGCUAAAUAGUGUGCAAAUAUAUCUAGGUAUGCGGUUAGGGACAGAGCCUAACAUCUACACAUGCAGCUACGGAAAUGAACACAACAAAUACCCAGAGUUACCAUGACCUAGUGUGCUUUAACAGACUGUUUGUCCUUCUCUUCCCUUUCUUCCAUGAGAGUACUCUCCAUUGUUUCCAUGAACUACUGGCUUCACCCCCACACUUGUUUUCAGGGAGACAUAUUCCACCUUCGCUUCAGGUGACAUGGAGCCCCAGAGGUGUCUGGGAACAGAAAGGGAUUUGGAGAUUCUGGUUUCGAGUACAAGGGGUGAAGCUGUGACCCAUGACAUGGAGGCAAUAUCGCUGCAGCCUAGCCAUAGUCUUCCUUCCAUCCAGGAGCGGAAGAACGUUCUGCAGCUCAGACUCCAGCAGAGGCGCACUCGGGAACAGCUUGUGGACCAGGGCAUUAUGCCGCCACUGAAGACUCCUGCUGCCUUUCAUGAACAGAUACGAAGCCUUGAGAGAGCCAGGACUGAAAAUUUCCUGAAGCACAAGAUCAGUAGUAGACCUGAGCGUGCAGAGCUGGUCCGCAUGCACAUCCUCCAAGAGACCCAAGCAGAGCCCUCGUUGCAGGCUACGCAGAUGAAGCUCAAAAGGGCUCGUUUGACUGAUGACCUCAAUGAGAGGAUUGCCCAGAGGCCUGGCCCAAUGGAGUUGGUAGAGAAGAACAUCCUGCCUGUAGAGUCCAGUGUGAAGGAGGCCAUCAUUGAAAGUGAGGUGAACUACCAAAAGACCCUGGAUGUGUAUAACUUUGAUGAGGACAGCAAUGAAGCUGUGUCCCCAGAGGAUCCGACCAGUCAGGAAUCUCAGUGCUCUGUCCCAUCACCCAGAGAGGCCAGACUGCCUGAGAUCUCUUCUGCUACUCUGACUGCUGGCUCCAACCUACAGCCCUGUCCACCUACAACCCAGAGCUCAGAGUUACUCAGUCAGACAUCAGCAGAGGAUCAGACAAACACUCAGCACAUAACUCCUGCUCAGCCAGUCACCACCGCUUCCCCCAUCAAAUCAGGUCUUACUCUUGUGAAGCAAAGCCAACCCAAGCUUCCCAGUGAAAAAACUCGCAGCAAGAAGAGCAAAGAACCCAAGCCAAGGAUAAAGAAACUCAAAUACCACCUGUAUAUCCCACCAGACCAAAAACAGGAGCCCAGUGAGGCCCCCAUGGACUCGGCCUAUGCCCGAUUGCUUCAGCAGCAGCAGCAGUUUCUACACCUGCAGAUCCUUAGCCAGCAACAACAGUACUACAACUACCAGGCCAUUCUACCUGCACCUGCAUCAUUCAGGCCUUUGCCUAAGGUUCCAAGCAGCUGUCCUAACGUGGCCAUGGGAAACAGCCAAGCUCCACUUGUAGUGUCCCUGCCCAGUGCUACCCCUGGACUCGGCACCAACAGCACGAACAACUGCAAGCAUGGCCCACUGCCUUCUAACCUAGAUGAAAUGAAGGUGGCUGAACUUAAAGUCGAGCUGAAACUACGUGGUCUCCCUGUAUCUGGCACUAAAACAGACCUCAUAGAGAGGCUCAAGCCCUACCAGGAGAGCUACAAGGUCACCAGCACUCAACAGACUGAGACCAAUGGCAUCGUUGUUCCACUGGCCAAUCAAAAGACAGAAAGCAUAAGCAUGACUCCCCCAGUGUCUCCUGUGCACUCAGAGGUUUCCACUGGGAGUAUGGAGGAGAGUAGCGACAGCAAAGUGUUGGCUGAAACAUCUCCAUCCAUCAUGAAGACAGAGGAUACAUCAGGGGAGGCAGCAGUACCUGAUAAAGACCAGAGCCUGUAUGAGAAGGAGCGCCAAAUAGAGGACCUGAUUCGGAAGCUGGAGCAGGAGCAGCGUCUGGUGGAGGAGCUCAAGAUGCAGCUAGAGGUGGAAAAGAGGAAUCAACAGGGAGUGACACAGCAGCAGGGUGAGCUUGAAACUCUUAUCAGGAUAAAAGAGGAACAUGAUUCCUCCUCCAGCUGUAGCUCCACUAUGGUACAGGACGAGUCCCAGGGACAGGUGCAGCAGUUCUGUAUUGCUUCACAAGGAGUGCACGCUUCCCAGUCCAUCCUCAGCACUCAACCACAGCAACAUAUCCUUCCCACCGCCAUCCAUCUUCCACAGAUGCAGCCGGUUCUCCAAAACACAAGGGCUCAAACAGAGAGUGAAGCAUUUCAGCAGCACACAAAUCCGACAAAGGCUGCACCUCAAAUAAUGUCCGUGUGCAGCACCUCGGGCUCAGGCAUCCAGCUGGGGCAGGAGCAGCAAAGAUCCAAAGUGGCUCAGUCCUGCUCACCUAGAUGCAGUCCUCCAAAUGGAUUCACAACUAAUCCAACCUCCCCCUGCCAGCCCACCUACAACCUUCCACCAUCUCCAUUCAGCAAUCAUCACAGCCCCAAGAACAAAGACCCUCCUCGCUACGAGGAGGCUGUCAAACAGACUAGAGCACUUCAGGCUACUAUGCAGAUCCCCACUGCAGUCAGUCAACACAUGGAUGACUUGUUUGAUGUCUUGAUUGAAAGUGGAGAAAUCUCUCCCCUGCUCCGACAAGAUCCUCUCUCUGUGGAUAAACUUCUGCCGGUGACAGCCAAUGUCACCACUCUCCCCAUCAACACUGCACUGUCUCGUCCUCCACCUCAGGUCCAUGUGGCCCACAUACCUAGUCUGGUGGCACUGGCCUCAGAUCACCAGCUGGAGGCUCUAUUGGAUGGAACGCUGCCACCUAACACAGAGCCCCGUGCUCUCUGCCUCAUGGAGGAACUGCACAGCCAGUUGUUGGAGCCACCUCAUUCACCCAUGGACACCAGUGAGCUGGGAUUUUCCACCUCACAACCCCCAUCCCUACACCUGCAAGACACCAACCUGGACAACAUGGAGUGGUUGGAACUGGCUGUGCCAGGGUCAGCAGGUAUCUCUGCACCAGCUGCCAUCUUCUCCUCAGAUUUCCUGGACUCUCACGAUUUGCAGUGGGACUGAGAGAAGCAAGAGAAAAGAAGCUUCUGGUAUGACUCGCAGGUCAGGUAGUUGUUCAUAGGUGAGGGAUGAAUUGUGUAAGUCCUAAAGUCAUUGGGAGAAUAAUGCAACAUGAUUACAGCAGUGGACUCUGGAGAGCUCUCUCGGCCUCUGUUAAAUCCAGCGUGGUGUUAUUGAAUCCCUGUUAGAAACGUGUUUUAGACACCAUGAGUGCUUGAGGGAUUGCAAUUUUUUUUUUUUUAUUUGGGCCUGGCUGGUAGCCAGAUGUUUCCAAUUUGUGCACUAAUAACUGUCUUUGAGGAUGCACAAAGAAUGUCGGCCAUUUUGUUAAUUAUUUUCCAAUAUUUGUAAGGUAUACUGUACUUUUUUUUUUUUUUUUUUUUUACUUUUUUACUUUUCUGUUUUUUUUCUUUUGUGACUUUGCCAGCUUUGUUGGCUUAACAUAUGACCUCUGUUUUGCAGCAGCUCUGCGCCAUCUGUAUGCAAAUGUCAGACAUACAGUGUUCCAAAGAAAAGGGUCAUAGAGAGUAAGUUUGUUUACUAAAGUGAAAAUGAAACGAUUUUACAGAGAAACUCAUAAUUAAUGCCAUGUCAUUAUCAUCACUGUGAAAAAGAAAACACACAAGUAUUGGCCUGGACACAUCUUUUGGGCAUGUAGAGGGCACUGACUACACUAUCCAGGUCAACUUAAACAGGCUUUGGGGUUUUGUGUUUUGUUUUGUUUUGUUUUUUGGUUGAUUUACUGGCCUGUCUAAACCAGGAGCCACAUUUAUCAAGUGUCAAGAGAAUAAUGGCAGCAUUAGUGAUGGAGUAAUAUUAAUCACUGGUGCAUCAGUGCCUUAAAUAAGAGAAAAACAAACAUGUGGUGGUUCCGUUUAACAGUUUAAAGUUUGAUAUGGGAACUGAGCUGCUUAGUUGUUCAUAAAACACAAAUUGACUCAGAAACAUGACAUGAACAUGGGACUGUGAUGUGACCAAUAAUUUAAUGCCAGUAACCAACUGAUGAAAAUGUCAAACAUUUUCUUAACAUUUAUAGCUCUUUAAUUUACAUGGUGGUCCAAAGUAAUGUUUUCCUUUUGAUAACUUAAGUGUUAUUUGUAAAAAAAAUAAUAAUAAUAAUAAUAAAAUAAAAAAUCAAAUGUUAUGUUUUGGAAGACA